GUGUGUGUGUGUGUGUGUGUGCAUUGUUCAAAUUUAUAUAGUGAUAUGAGUGAUCAGACGUUCAUUAAUGGUGGAAGAACAAAACCAUGGAACAUGUACAUCACCAGCAGCAGCACUUCUUCUUCUUCGUCGAAUAAUCCUAGCCCUCCAUUAGUAUCAUCAUCAUCUCAGGCGACACGUGUCACCAUCAAGGAGGCAGCAGCUGAUCAUAACAACAACUGGACGAGCUUAGGUUCAUCGAUGAACGCCAUUUCCUUCGGAUUCGUCGCGACCGCCAUUCUCAUCUCGAUGUUCCUAAUCAUGGCCAUCUUCGAGCAUCUGUUCGGCCCCGACGCCGAACCCGGACAAGAUUCCGGUCGGGGGGCCCAUCCCCGAGAUGCUCAAAAGAUUCCACCUCCGGAAACAGUGGAAAGAAUAACAUGUGCAUCUGAUUACUCAGUAGUGAUGCCUGGACAGAAGAUUCCUACGUUCAUUGCUCAGCCUGCUCCGCUGCCUUGUCCGAGGGAAACCGUUCUUUGGCCACGUCAUCAUCAACAUACUAUUAUUAUAGAUUGUCCGUAGAUUUUAACGAGGUAAGGUCAAAUUACGAAAAAAUCCCUUAUAUUUGGGUAAUUAAU